GGUACAUCAUGAGUCUGCGUCGUGGGUUGGAGCAGCGCAGUGCGCUGUGGGCGCUUUGCCGUUCAGUGUCCGUCGCUGCAGGAGGGCCAUUGACUCAGCGCACUCACGGCUUCGCGUCGUUACCAGACCCCAUUGGCGAUGAUUCUCCACCACAGAACUCAAAGAAUGGAAAGGUCCUGCAUCCAGAUCUCCUGAACGAGAAUCUGGUGCGCGCUGAAUAUGCCGUCAGGGGUGAGUUGUACCUGAGGGGGGAGGAGCUGCGCAAGCAGGGCAAAGAAAUCAUCUUUACAAACGUGGGAAACCCGCACGUCCUGGGCCAGAAGCCUCUGACCUUCAACCGCCAGGUGCUGUCGCUUAUUGCCUCACCAGCGCUGCUGGAGCACCCUGAGGUUGGAAGGCUGUUCCCCUCGGAUGCAAUCGCGCGCGCCAAGCAGGUGCUCACCUACUUCCCGGGCGGCAUGGGGGCCUACAGCGACUCCCGGGGGGCCGAGGGGGUGCGCAAGGAGAUAGCAGAGUUUAUCUCCAAGCGGGACGGCUAUCCUUCAAACCCCAACAACAUCUUCCUGACUGAUGGCGCGUCGCCGGCGGUACGCUACAUUCUCAAUGCGAUCAUACGCAGCGACAAGGACGGUAUCCUGGUGCCCGUGCCCCAGUACCCGCUCUACUCUGCCAGCAUCCAGCUCUACGGUGGGGAGCUGGUGGGGUACAACCUGAAGGAGGAGACCGGCUGGAGCAUGGACAUUGCGGACGUCAAGAAGAGUGUGGAUGAUGCGCGCGCCAGGGGCAUCGCCGUGCGCGCUCUGGUCUUCAUCAACCCUGGGAACCCGACUGGGCAGUGCCUGUCAUACCAGAACCUGGAAGACAUCAUCAAGUUUGCGCAUGAGGAGAACAUUGUGCUCAUGGCGGACGAGGUGUACCAGACCAACAUCUUCCAGGACGAGCGGCCCUUUGUGAGCUGCAAAAAGGUGAUGAUGGAUAUGGGCGCCCCCUACAGCGAGCAGGAGCUGGUGUCCUUCCACACAAUCAGCAAGGGCGCGCUGGGCGAGUGCGGCAUGCGCGGAGGCAUGCUGGAGGCGACCAACAUCCACCCCGACACCAUCGACCAGCUCUACAAGAUCGCCUCCAUCAACCUGUCCCCCAACACUUUCGGCCAGGCUGGGCUGGCGCUGAUGGUGAACCCACCGAAGGAGGGCGACCCGUCGCACGAGCAGCACGAGGCGGAGGCGGCGGGCAUCAUUGCGAGCAUGCGCCGGCGCGCGCGCAUGAUGACCGACGGGUUCAACGCGUGCGAGGGCAUCACCUGCAACUACACCGAGGGCGCCAUGUACUCCUUCCCGCGCCUCAACCUGCCCCCCAAGGCACUGCAGGCGGCCAAGAAGGCCGGCAAGGCGCCGGACACCUGGUACUGCCUCAAGCUUCUGGACGCCACCGGCGUGCUGACCGUGCCCGGGAGCGGAUUUGGGCAGGAGGAGGGAACGUUCCACCUGCGCACCACCAUUCUACCGCAAGAGGACAAGAUCAAGGAUGUCAUUGCCAGCUUCCAAAAGUUCCACGCCAGCUUCAUGGACGAGUACCGCUGAAAGGCUCAGGAAGUGAGAGUUGCGCGAGUUUUGAUAAGAGCGAGAAGGUUUGGUUGACGCCUUCAAUUAUAGGAGUUGUCCAAAGCAUCGGCACAAGCUGUCCAGUUUUAGCAGCUACAUUUUUACUCCAAAAGUUGUCCAUUGUAGCUAGUGUUCGUGAGUGCGUGUACCAAUAUUGAAGCAGUGGUUGUUGAAAUGUGCGCUGCGGGCUAGACAACCGGCAAAAAGGGAUAUAUCACUGCAAAGCUUCAGCAGACCUACUGUAAUUGUAAUUGGGGCCCUUCAGUUGGCCUGUGGUCAAAACAUGUAGACCUGCUUGCGUGGGAUGAUCCGGUUUUCUUUAUUGUAAAAUGAUGUGAGAGAA